AUGGACCCACAACAAUCAGCAACGGAUCGAAAACUGUCUGAAGCCUAUUUACAGCUAUCCACUCAAAAGUCCAGUUUCCCAUCACAACAGCCGAAAAAGCAACUCCUCAUCUUGGACCUGAACGGAACACUUAUCUCACGUAUCAAAUGCAGAGCCAAAGCUGGGAGAGCAUUCUAUGCUCGACCGCAUUAUCAAACCUUUCUAAACUAUAUUUUCAAACACUUUGAAGUUAUGGUGUGGAGCUCGGCAAGACAGCAAAAUGUCGACAAGAUGUGCCAUAUAUUCACAGAACCCUUGAAGCUGGUGUGGAGCCGCAAUCAUCUUAAAUUGAGCCAAAAACAAUUCAACAGCAAUGUUGACACCAUCAAAGAUCUGGCCAUUGUCUGGGAGCACUUUUCAAACGAAUACAAUGCUACAAACACAAUUGCAUUGGAUGACUCUCCCUCUAAAUUAGCACUUCAACCUUACAACCUGAUCCACAUUAGAACAUUCCACCAUGAGGAGAUCCGCGAAGGCUACACAGACAACGAACUCUUGAAAGUGAUCAAGUAUCUCGAUGCUGUAAGAUUUCACUCUAAUGUGGCCAAUUAUGUGCGCAACGAGCCAUUUCUCUCUCGCCGUUUCAAGGUGCCAGAGAAUAAAGAGUUGGAUCUAGCUCUCACAUACGUCACUCGAGCUGGCAAGUUUGCAGAGCCCUAUCAGUCUCCCAAGAAGGGUCUCAAGAGACGAAACGAUGACGGUGACGCCAAUACUGUUAAGAAUACGGCGUAUCACCAAGACAUAGCGGUUGAUAUCAGUAUGAAAGCAGAAGAGUUAGAUGAUGGCGUCAGCAUCAAGCUUGAGCCUGUAGAUGGGUUAGAUGUCAGUGCAGGUAUCAAGCCUGAAUCAGAGGAUGACACAGUUGCCGCUCAACAAGAAGACAAGGUUGAGGAACCACCUAGAAAGAAGUUGAGGAGGGCCAAAGCGAAAAAGGUGAAACUGCCCAGACAUAUGAGGAAGCCUCGACAUAAGAAGCAAAAGAAAGAGGUGAUCCAACAGACGAGCAACAACAUACCCAUACGCCCACAGACUGAUAAGAAACUGAAAUCCAUUCAAGAGUCUAUCAGGCAGAGAAAACAAAAGGAGAAGAAUGUCGAAAAUGCGCUCCAACAAGCAGUUAAAAAUGAGCCUUUAACAGUAGCUAUUAAAGUGGAGCCAUGA